AUGAGGGGAAUGGAUGAAGAGGUUGUGUAUGUACAUACAGGGUCUCCGUCUCCCUCUCGUCUGGGUAUCAGUGGUCGGUACAGGAGCACCCCCCGUCCACCAGCAUCCCGUCGCCACCCCCGCGACUUCCGCGCUGGGGCCAUGUCCCUGCGCCCUUCCCCCGCCCGGCCUCUGCCCCCCCCCGGCCUUCGCCCAUCAAUCCGCCUCCCCCCCUCUCGCCACCGCGUCGCCGCCACCCCGCCGGACGUCACACUCGACCGCGUGCCCCUGGGCCACUCCGACCUGACCGUCCCCGAGGCAUGCCUGGGCACCAUGAUGUUCGGCUCGCAGCUGUCCGAGUCCCAGGCGCACAAUGUCAUGGACUUCGCCGCGGAUUGCGGCAUAACCUUUUUUGACACCGCGGAGAUGUACCCCGUGCCGCCGGACGCCGCCACGCACGGCAACUCGUCGAGGAUUGUGGGCGCGUGGCUCAGGCGGGCGCGGCGGGAGGACUUUGUGGUGGCGACCAAGGUGGUCGGGCACUCGGAGGAGCACGGGUGGGUGCUGGCCAACAGGACGGAACCGCCCGGGGGCGGCGGGGGUCCCGCGCGGGUGGACGGCCGGAGCAUCAAGGCGGCGGUGGAGGGGGAGCUCAGGCGCCUGCGGACGGACUACAUCGACGUCAUGCAGAUCCACUGGCCGGACAGGUAUGUUCCAUUGUUCGGAAGGAAGCAGUACUUUGCGGAGCACGAGAGGGACUCCGUCAGUUUUGAGGAACAGGCUGCUGCCAUGGGAGAACUCAUCAGGGAGGGGAAAAUCCGACAUUGGGGCCUGUCCAACGAGACCACUUUUGGGGUGAUGGAGCACUGUCGAGCUGCAGAUGCAGUUGGUGUCGAGCGGCCGAUCAGUAUCCAGAAUAGCUACAGCCUGCUGGAUAGAAAUUUCGAGACGGAGCUGGCUGAGGCCUGUUCGCCCAGGAACAUGAACAUCGGGCUGCUGCCUUGGUGCGCCGCUGCUGCAGGGGCGCUCAGCGGCAAGUACUGUCGAGGAAAGCCACCAGGUUCCCGGCUGUCGAUCUUCAAGGGCAUCUACACUCGUUUUGUGUCUGAGAGGUCGUUGAGGGCAAUUGAGGAGUAUGUCAAGAUAGCAGAAAAGGCGGGGAUCUCUGGUAUGCAGCUGGCUUACCUAUUUUGCAAGUCAAGGUCAUUCAUUCCAUCGACAAUCAUUGCUGCAUCGAACAAUGAACAGUUGGAAGAGAAUGUCAGGGCCUUUGGCAUGCGCAUGGCAGACGAUGUUCUGGCCGCCAUAAACGAGGUGCAUCUGCGACAUACAAACCCUCAGAAUUCAGACUAG